AUGAGUUUACAACGAACUCCUCCCCGCAUACGUAGCAAAUCAGUAAGUGAUGAUAAAAACUUCGAGGUAAUUAAAACAAAAUUUGAUAAAAAUAAAAAAAUAGGCUCACAAACACCGUUGACUGAGCCGUUUACUCCAACAACUGUAGUCUAUCAGACGUUACCAACAACAAUUAAUAAAUUCAUAUCGGCAAAACAAAAUCUAAUCACUGCUACUUCACCAUCAACAAUAAGAACUAUGAGUGCAGUAUCACAAAAAACUUAUGAAUCCACUGAUUUAAGUGUCGAAAGGAAUAAUAUAGCAGCAAACGAAGAAAAAUCUGCUGGUGCGCUCAUACAGACUGACAUAGACCGAUAUAUUAAGGUUGUUAAUAAAAAGCGAAAGCUGAGUCCCCAAAAACUCAACUCUCAAUUAAAUAAACCAAAAAAGUCAAAUAACUUGACUAUACCCGAAACCCAAAACCGAUUUUCCCUACUUAACAAUGAUGAAGAAACGCCUAAUGCCGGAACCAGUGAAGCCAAAAAAAGUCCAAAACCACCUCCGAUAUACUUGCGCGAAAAAAAUAGCAACUCGCUUGUUUCUCUUCUCGUAUGUGCUAUUGGAAAAACUCAACAGCAACUACUUAACUCUAUCGUUUCAAAAUAA